UCUCGCUGUCGAAGUUUUUUGUUUUGAUAUCCAGUUUCGCCCCAUAAAAAUUGAUUUUCUAUCUGAUUGGCAAAAAGAUCAUAAAGCAAUCAUGGUCUUACCAGUUUCGAAUCAACGCCCAGCGGUCCCAGUGAGUUCCAUAAAUUUGCAGUUCCAGUAACCGUCCGAGUUUAGUUGACGCACGAUCGUGCUAAGUGGAACAAAUCCGACCAGAAGCAUGGCGGAAGGUGUUGGAUACUACUUCAAAGUACCCAGUUUGGAUAAAGUGCCAGUUACGUAUGACGAUGAAGUGAACGAGCUUGGAUCGGAAUACAAGUUGCUUGCGGAACAACUUGGUGAAAGUGAGAAUAUUCGAAAGCAAAGUAUACAGCAGUUACGCGAGUGGAUAUCGAAGAAUGCUGCUAUUAAACGAUGUAGAACGGAUGCACCGUUUCUGUUGAGAUUUCUCCGGACCAAUAAGUAUUCGUUUCUGAGGACCGUGAAGAUGUUGGAAAAUUAUUUGCGUGCUCUUGUCAUCCACAAGAAUUGGUUUGGUGAUUUGGACGUUGAUGAACCAGAACUAAGUGCCCUUAUUGACGGAGGAUAUUUGUUCUCGUUGCCAAAGCUAGAUGCAAAAGGUCGAAUAGUGUAUUUCAGUUUUUCAAGUGGAUUUGAUUUGAAGAGGUCCUCAAUAGCCAGUGCGAUAAAAAUGAACCAUUUUAUGGGAGAAGUGUAUUUUGAUACGAACGAAGCACAAUGUGCCGGGAUUGUUUGCAUAUACGAUAUGGAGAAGAUCGACAUGUCUGUGCUGGGACAGAUCAGCCUUCAGGAUGUGCGGACCUUAGUGGAGCUGCUGAACAACACUUCGGUGGGACGCUUCCAGGAGUUGCACUUUGUGAACGCACAGAAGGUGACGCGAACCUUUGCCAACAUGGUGCUGCAGUUGAUGAGCGAAAAAAUCAGGAGCAGAGUGUUUUGUCACCCAUCUAUCGCAAGCCUUCACGCUCAGGUGGAUAAGUCGUUGCUGCCCAAAGAGUUUGGCGGAUCGGUUCCUGCCUCGGAAAUGAUAGCGAAAUUUAAAGAAAUCUGUCGCCAAAUGCGCCCUCGCUUGCAGGCUUUAGAUGGCAUGGAAAUUGACGUCAAACAAGACACCAUCGAUGCGUGGAAGGAUAACUCGCACGGAAUAGGCGGUGGUGUAAUUGGUUCCUUCCGAAAGCUCGAGGUUGAUUAGUGUGUAUCUAGCUAACUUUAAAUUCAUUUUUGCAAGAGACUCAGAGGUCGUCAUUUUUUGUUGUUUGAAUACUCCGCUAAACUUCCCACCCACUUUCGUUUAACGCUGAAUACGAUGCAGUCACCAAAAGUAGCUACUGUUAUGAUUAAGCUAAGAACAUAAAAAUUACUGAUCCGAAACAUGAACCUUGAAAUUACUUGAAGCGUGCCAUGGCGACUAACCUCAAACGAGCCCUUCAAGGCCUUCGAAGCUGUACCAUCAUUGAUAACCCCACCACUAUGUGUUACAUAGCCCAUUCCACUGUCUGUUGCACAUCUUAAAAUUAGGUGAAAUUCCUUCAUCAUAUUUUUUUUCACGCUUGCUAAAUUGGUUGACGAAAUGCCUCUACAUUGCUGCCUACAACGAACGGUCAUCGUUCGCUGACUGUUUGACGGUUGACGCAGGUGAGUCUAUAUGGGCAAUAUAGGAAUAAAUUUUACCGUUAUCGACUUUGUCAAAUGUGAUGAUUUUAAGCCAUUACUUAUGUUAUAUGAGACCUACCAAUAUGUAUAAGCGUGAGAUAACAACAUCAUGGGUGUGCUUUUGGUGUACCUGGAAGGUCGAUAGCUUGUUUCAAACAUCAGUAAUUUACAACGAAUCAUGGCGGAAAAAUUGUUGCAUAUUUAUGAUCUGCAAUCGUAAGUAACACCAGAUAACAUGGCAAUGUGGUGUCAGAGGUUUUGCUGCUUUGAACUGUUCGGGAGUGUUACAUUAUUAUUAUU